GCGUGCAUCAUAAAGUGUCGAGUGCAUGAUAAGUGAGCCUGGACGGCAAGGUUUGGAGCUCGGGCGAACCGUGCUUGGGAACGGUUUUGCUCUUUCGUUUGCGAAAGUCGGAUCGGAACCCUAGCGCCGCCUAGCACUCGCGAGAAUGAAGCUCGUCAGAUUUUUAAUGAAGCUCAACAAUGAGACUGUCUCGAUUGAACUCAAGAACGGCACCGUGGUUCAUGGAACUAUAACAGGUGUGGAUAUUAGUAUGAAUACUCAUCUGAAGACCGUGAAGCUUACGCUUAGAGGUAAAAAUCCCGUUACUCUUGAUCACGUAAGUGUGCGGGGCAACAACAUUCGGUACGUUAUACUUCCCGACAGCUUGAACCUGGAGACAUUAUUGGUGGAGGAGACGCCUAGGGUCAAGCCAAAGAAGCCAACUGCUGGGAGACCAAUGGGACGAGGUCGUGGUAGGGGUCGUGGCCGUGGCGGCCGUGGUGGCCGUGGCCGUUAGUUAACUCAGUUACCAACGUUACAUUCUUGCAGCACCUUUCCAAAAGUGGCCCAGCAACUACUGAGAACUUCUUUUGAACUUCCAUCAGCAUCACCAAGGAAAAACCAGCUUACUGCAUUAAAAUACAUCUAUGGAAGGCCGUUACUGUAACAAUCUGUUAUAAAUGCAUUAUUAAAACAUCAUAGAACUCCACUGCUGUGUAGUAGGCACCUUUUCUAGCAUUUUUGUACUUAUGUUUGAUCAUGUUAUGUCGGAGAAAUUCGAGAUUUAAACUGUUUCAUUGUGUUUUAGGUCGUAUUUGUUGCUUUUAUUCUUUUGAUUUCCAAGGAAUAGGGAUGUAAUCCCUGAAUUUGGUGCU